GGAGGGAAAGGGGACAUAAAAAGAUGUGUACAUGAAUCAAGUCUGUACAAUGAAUGUAAUCAUAUACUAUAAACAUGUAUCAAUAAAAAUAAAACUAAGAAGUAAAGUAAAAAUAAAAAAUAAAAAUGGCUAAUGUAUGAGUAUGUAUAAAUAUGAGUAAGUUAUUUAGAAAAUUGGGGGGGUUCCUAUAUACUUAGCAAAACACACUUUUAAAAAAUUAUUCUCGAGAGCGAGUGUGGUUGCAUCAACACCGGUACUUAGCUGUGGACCACCGUGUCCUUGGGGUAGAGAGCAGGACGUCUGGCUUCUGAGCUGGGACUUUUAUCUGUGGUAACGACGAAAGAGUGCUGAGCCUUGGACGCGGAAGCCGCAGCAGAUUUAAAAAUGGGUGAUGCAGAGAAAGGCAAGAAGAUUUUUGGUCAGAAGUGUGCCCAGUGCCACACUGUGGAGAAGGGAGGCAAGCACAAGACGGGGCCAAAUCUCCAUGGUCUGUUUGGGCGGAAGACAGGUCAAGCUGUUGGAUUCUCCUACACAGAUGCCAACAAGAACAAAGGCAUCUCCGGGGGAGAGGAUACAUUGAUGGAGUACUUGGAGAAUCCCAAGAAGUACAUCCCUGGAACAAAAAUGAUCUUCUCUGACAUUAAGAAGAAGGGAGAAAGGGCAGACUUAACAGCUUACCUCAAAACAGCUACUAAUGAGUAAUAGUCACUGCCUUAUUUAUUACAAAGCAGAAACGUCUCAUGGCUUUUUUAUGUUUACCAUAAUUUAAUAGAUCUCAUACACCAGAAUUCAGAUCAUGAGUG